UGUGUAAGAUAGGGGCGCCAGUUCCUGCUCGGCAACAAACCAGGAAAUCAAGCGGGUUAAAGUAAGUUAGAAAAGCAGGCGGAAAGCUGCUGGCAGCAGGGGGACCUACCCAAAGUUUUAAUUUGUAUUUUAAAUAGUUUGCUCCCUUACUUAAUUACUGAGUUUAUAGUUGUAUUAGUGGCUACGUAACAUUUGUAGCCAUGGCAUCUCUAUUCAAGAAGAAGACGGUAGACGACGUGAUUAAGGAGCAGAAUAAGGAGCUGAGGGGAACACAGAGGCAGAUCACCCGCGACCGAACAGCGCUGGAGCGGCAGGAGAAGCAAAUGGAAAUGGAGAUCAAGAAAAUGGCCAAGACGGGGAACAGGGAGGCCUGUAAGAUCCUGGCCAAGCAGCUGGUUCAGCUGAGGAAGCAGAAGAACCGCACCUACGCCGUCAGUUCAAAGGUCACAUCAAUGUCCACCCAGACGAAGGUGAUGAACUCGCAGAUGAAGAUGGCGGGCGCCAUGUCCACCACGGCCAAAACCAUGCAGGCAGUGAACAAGAAGAUGGACCCACAGAAGACCCUGCAGACUAUGCAGGACUUCCAGAAGGAGAACAUGAAGAUGGGGAUGACCGAGGAGAUGAUCAAUGACACCUUGGAUGAGAUCUUUGACGAGUCUGGGGACGAGGAGGAAUCUCAGGACAUCGUGAACCAGGUGCUGGAUGAGAUCGGCAUCGAGAUCUCGGGAAAGAUGGUGAGGGCCCCAUCGGCGGGAAAGAGCCUGCCCAGCGCGUCCCCCGCCAAAGCCACCGGCAUCUCCGACGAGGAGAUAGAGAGACAGCUCCGGGCCCUGGGAGUGGACUAGGCUGGACUGCCAUCCAGCCACCACCGGGCCGCCAUCCAGCCGCCACCGGGACAGCGACUGAGCCGCUACCCAGCCUGCGUCUCCGUCUUCACUGUGGGUUUGGGGGGAGGGGGUGGGCACGUGGGUGGGGGGCGACUAGUUGAGCGGUCAUGAAGAAAAUGUGAUACAGAGCGGGGUCUUUUUAAGGGGGGGGGUUUGUAUUGUGCCCUGAUCUGAACUUCACAGGACAAGGUGAGGUCACUUAGGGUGGGGGUGGGGGCCGGGCAUAGAUCACUAUUUGUCUGGAAGGAAAUCUGUAGACAACACUUCCAAAGUUAAUGAAGGAUUUGCAUUAAAUGCACAAGCAAUCCACUGUGACCUCCCAGCACCAGAAGCCUCUUAACUGGUGUGCUUGAGUGCAUAUUUGAUACCCAACCACUCUGUUCCUUUUUAAAGUGCUCGAGCACAAAGCUCUUGGAUGUUUAGCCCUGGGCUGAGAGUGAUGCUAGGUGCCUGAGGGCUCACAGUACUAGUCAGACCUCCCUUUACUGGACUUUGCUGGGAUUGAUCAGGUACCUGUAUUUAUUAUUUGUGUUUUAAUACUGUUUCCGGUACUGUGAACAAGGGCACUGAUAUAACUGUAAUAUUUCUCUCACUCCAAUAACAUUGAACCUCAUGAACCAUAGACUACGGUAAAGGUUUGUCUUUUCAUUAAAAAAUGUUUUGCAUGCAGAUCUGCCUUGCCUUAAUAGGUUGGGCUGUACAUCACACACAAGCAGUUCUGUAUAAAUACCUGGUGCAAAAUGGCAAUGUAGAAUACUGUUAAUGAGCACACUCAUUGUAUACAUGUUAAUUUGAGGUUAUAUUUUUAAGUUUAUAGAAUUGUGGAAAUUAGAAUAGGAAAUAAUGCUGUGUGGGACAGCCCGCUCUGCUUGCAGAGUUAACUGCUUGUGUACAUAAGGAUUUUACUGUUUCCAUUUCGCUGCAUGACUUUUUCUGCAGUGAGAAAUGAUUUUAUAUAUUAUGGCUGCAUCCAUGUGACCCUACAGAUACAGACAGACGCAGCACACACACACACACACCCAAACACACACACACACACUAGCACACACACACACAAACACACACACACACAACACACACACUGCAGCACACACACACAACACACACACUGCAGCACACACACAAACACACAACACACACACUGCAGCACACACACACAACACACACACUGCAGCACACACACGCAGCACACACACACAGCACAUGCACAUGAACACACUGCGAGUAAAGCAGGAGUAUGUGCUUCAAGGCCAAAAAGCACUAACAACGUUAUGUUCCCAGAGGUUGUGCAUAUUAACAAUUAAUUUCAGAGAUUAUUUAAAAUUAUAAAUAUAAAUACCAGUUUUCAUUUCCUGAUGGUAGUUCUUUCAGGCUGUCAUAGGUAAUGGUUCCAACUAAAAAUAAUAUUAAAAGUAAUUUUUCAAGACUAAUCAGGUAAUGUACUCAAUAUACAACCUCUGGAGGCAUAAUAUCUAAGUGACUGUGGUGUAUGUUCUUACUUUAGACCACAAACUCGGAAUUCCCAGAUGCCCUCCAUUGUCAGAUAUUCUUUAUCAGACACAAGCAAAACUGUCUGAGCCAAUUGAAAACAUGCACUGAAGCCAAACUAAUAUCAGAAACCCCAAAGUGAAUUAUCCCUUUAAGAGUCAUGUGGUGAUCACUGUGCGUUUACACUGUAAAUGAGCCGACACAUGACUCUUCAUUGUGAGCAGCCCUGGCCAUUAGUUGGUAUUAUUUACUCAUCGUGAGUAAUUCCUUGUCUUCCAUUUUCUCAUUCCUAAAGGGUAAAAACAGGAGGAUAGCUUUCUCUCCAGGGUGUAAAUACAGUAAGUGCUAAUCCUUUCAUGUAAAUCACUUUUGGACAGUUCUACUGUACUGGUGUCUCCAUGGUGACUGGUUACCCUGGUGAGUAGGUGUCUACCUGUCUCUCCCUGUGCAGGUAAACUACACACACAUGGGCAGUACUGGUACCAUUAUUCUGUGUUAUGUAGAUGAGUUUACCUCUGCUUUGUAUUUGCUAAUGGGUUUAAAUAAGGAACUUGGUGAUUUGGUAUGUUGGUUUUUUUUUUGCUUGAUGGUGUGGUCUUUGAUUUUUUUACUUUUUUAAAUGAAAUGUACAGCAUUCUUAUUUGUUUUUGGUAAUUGCCAUGAAUAAAAUACCUUUUUCAACUGAAA